GCUCUAUCCACGGUUACACUGACGGCCAGCUGAAAUCAUUUGGAGAUUCUUGCAACCAACUUGGUGCUCGAAUUGAAUAUUGAGUACCGAAAGGAGUAAAAAUUGAGAUCAUUUAUUACUUAGUAUCGUCUACUAUCAAGUCUCACUAAGUGCUUCGAAACUUCGUGUUUGUACGAUGAACCAUGUUUUUGGCAACUUCCAGACGGCGAUAUUUGGACAUGAUGAAGGUGCAUGCAGCUGAGGGUGUCGGUACCAGGACAUGUGAGGAUGAGAACGCAAGAGAUGAGAAGGGUGCUGCUGAAAUAGCCCAGAAGGGGGCAGCCGAGCAUGGGAUUGCCGCUAUUUCAGACGGACCAGAUCUCUGGGGUCGCAUUGUGGGCUUGGGGUGUCAGUCAAGCGGAGGUCUGAAAUGCACUGAUCGAAAAACGACAGGAAACAAAAGAAGGAUCGAAUCCACUGUGUGGGCAUUCCUGCCGCAGGGCAACAUUGGAACAGACCCAAGAAAGACGUACCUGAGAUUGAGGGAAGGCGAGGAAGGAGCGGACGUAAACGUGAUAUGGAGGAGGAUGGAAUGAGUGCACCGCGGCGGCGAUGUACAAAUGAAUGAGGAUAAAGACGACGCGUAGCGGAGGACUGAGAGAAUAAAAGUCAGAACAGAACAUGGUGAUGCACAGGACCAUGGUCUUGUGCGUUGUCAACAAGCCUUGCUGGCAGUCAAUGGGAGUAUGGAUGUCAUGUAGCCUAGAAUAUUCCAAUGGCACAAUAAAUGGCACGGUCAAGAAAUGUGCGACGCAUCUGAUAAAUUCUUUGACUUGUGCGGGUGGAACAUGAGUG